UCAGGCUGUCGAGCCACAGAGGAAGGCUGUGCUUCUCUGGUCUCAGCUCUGGAGUCAAACCCCUCACACCUGAGAAAGCUGGAUCUGUGUAACAAUGACCUGAAGGAUUCAGGAGUGAAGCUGCUCUCUGCUGGACUGGGGAAUCCCCACUGUAAACUGGAGACUCUUAGGCUGUCAGGCUGUCUAGUCACAGAGGAAGGCUGUGCUUCUCUGGUCUCAGCUCUGAGGUCAAACCCCUCACACCUGAGAGAGCUGGACCUGAGUAACAAUGACCUGAAGGAUUCAGGAGUGAAGCUGCUCUCUGAUGGACUGGGGAAUCCCCACUGUAAACUGGAGACUCUGAGGCUGUCAGGCUGUCUAGUCACAGAGGAAGGCUGUGCUUCUCUGGUCUCAGCUCUGAGGUCAAACCCCUCACACCUGAGAGAGCUGGACCUGAGCUACAAUCACCCAGGAGACUCAGGAGUCAGACUGCUCUCUGCUGGACUGGAGGAUCCACACUGCAGACUGGAGAAACUCAAUGUGGAACAUGGUGGAGAGAACACAAUGAAACCUGGACUUAGAAAAUAUGUCUGUGAUCUCACACUGGACCCAAACACAGUAAACAGACUCCUCUCUCUGUCUGAGGAGAACAGAAAGGUGACAUGGAGGACAGAGGAGCAGCCGUAUCCUGAUCACCCAGAGAGAUUUGAGGGCUGGAGACAGGUGCUGUGUAGAGAGGGUCUGACUGGGUGCUGUUACUGGGAGGUAGAGUGGAGUGGGAGAGAGGCUGAAAUAGGAGUGACAUAUAAAGGAAUCAGCAGGAGAGGAGGGGGUGAGGACUGUUGUCUUGGAUGGAAUGACAAGUCCUGGAGUCUGUUCUGCUCUGACAACAGUUACUCUGCCUGGCACAAUAAUAAACCCACUACCAUAGACGUCGCCCCCUCCAGCUCCCACAGAGUAGGAGUGUAUCUGGACUGGCCAGCCGGCACUCUGUCCUUCUAUAGAGCCUCCUCUGACACACUGACCCACCUGAUCACAUUCACCUCCACGUUCACUGAGCCGCUCUAUCCAGGGUUUAGGGUUUAUGAUGUUGACUCCUCAGUGUCGCUGAAAUAAUAACCUGUCAGACACACUGAACACACACACACACUGAACACACACACACACUGAACACACACACACACUGAACACACACACACACUGGACAAACACACACACACACUGGACAAACACACACACACACACUGGACAAACACACACACACUGGACUCACAAACACACACACAAUUGGACACACACUGGACUCACAAACACACACACACACACUGGACUCACAAACACACACUGGACUCACACACACACUGGACUCACAUACACACACUGGACAAAAACUCACACACACUGGACAAACACACACAAACACACACAGGACUCACAAACACACACACACACACUGGACAAAAACACACACACACACUGGACAAACACACACACACACUGGACAAACACACACACAUACAUGCUGGACACACACACACACACACACACUGGACCCAAACACAGUAAACAGACUCCUCUCUAUGUCUGAGGAGAACAGAAAGGUGACAUGGAGGAGAGAGGAGCAGCCGUAUCCUGAUCACCCAGAGAGAUUUGAGGACUGUAGACAGGUGCUGUGUAGAGAGGGUCUGACUGGGCGCUGUUACUGGGAGGUAGAGUGGAGUGGGGGGGCUGUUAUAGGAGUGACAUAUAAAGGAAUCAGCAGGAGAGGAGGGGGUGAGGACUGUUAUCUUGGAGCCAAUGACAAGUCCUGGAGACUGGACACACACACAGACUGGGCAAAGACACACACACACACUGGACAAACACACAUUCACACUGGACAAACAAAAACACGCACACACUGGACAAACUCUCUCACACACACACACACACAUGCGCAUCUUCCUAUAGUUGUGACCUUGACCUCUUACAGUUUUUUUUGAUUGCUUAAGCACGAUUUUCAAAACAGGGCCCGUGUUUUCAAAACACUACACACAAUUAGCACAACCACACACCCAAUUAGCAAAACACUACAGAUCCUUUGCUAAAUUAAACACUCUUGUAAAAACUA